GAUGGCUACAAGCAGCCCAGUUAUAAGAACUCCCAUUGUGAAGGCAUUCCCCUCGCAGAAACGAACCCGGUUGCAUUGCCAAUGGGUGCGAAAUGUGCGAAAAUUGGAAAACGUGAAUUGGCAUUAAGAAAAAAAUUCCAGAUAACUGGUUCGGAAAAUGCUGUUUACAAGAUGAGCGUUAAAGAGGACUGUAAAGGUGGGAAGGAUAUGCUGACCCUUAGGAAGGGGGAACUUGUGGAAAUUAUUAAUACCACCGACUGCCCGCCUGGCAAAUGGCUCGCACGGAAUGAUAACGGCAACUAUGGCUUUAUUCCUGUUUCGGUAAUUGAUGCUUAUCAAGACCUUUUGAUCUUGGGAAGACCGUACCUGAGACAAAACUUUAUUCAGUCUGAUGUUUAUAUCGAGGUCGAAAGUGGAAAAACGGCGAGCGAUGAUUCUCUUACUACUACAAGCAACUAUUCCGAAGACUUGGAUAAUGUGUACGAUGAUGCUGGAAGCAACCAUAGCACCGUAUCGAACAGCUCUGGACGACUACCAAAGAUUUUAACAAAUUUCCUCAAGAAGGAUGCAAAAAAGAGAAAUGACUCUGGGUAACUAUUUUUAAACCCUUUUAGUGCCCUGGUUUUAAUCAUUAAAUAAAAUGGCGUAUACAGAAAAGUGAUUCUGUCCUGACUUUGUUGCAGCGGCAGGGACUCCCCCCCUCGUCGGCAUCGCUGGCUUACUGCUGACCGAUGGUUUGUAACGGCUGCUGGCGUGAGCGCCGGUAAGCCGUUACAUAACGAAUGCCUGAUCGCGUGGCUCGGGCAUUCCCUUCUGGGAGAGGUCAGCAGAGGACUGGAUAUCCCCCGCAGGGUCUGCUGGCCCUUCACGUGCAUUGCAAUCUCCAAUGCAAGUCUAUGGAGAUCACCGCAUGAUUGGUCGGGG